AUGCUCUUUUCCCUCCGAUCACACGGAUCUGCGGUUACCGCAUUGACGACCACCACCAAAGGCCUUGUUCUGGGAGAUAGAGAUGGUGUAACUAUCAUAUGGAACCUUCAGCUGCGAAGACCAUUGGUGCGUUGGGUUGCUCACAAAGACAUGGUAGUGACUAUACUAGAGUGGGAAGAGUAUUUGGUCACCCAUGGAAAAGAUGGAGAGAUUGCCGUCUGGGAAUUCGCCAAUCAAGAUCAGACUCCCAAAUUGGUGGUAUCUAUUCCUGUGAAUUCGUUGAAUUUUUGCAACAUAGUCUUGUCUGGGACUUAUCUAUUCACACCAGCAACUAUGGAUCUGAAUAAUUUCGACGUCUACAAGAUCAAUAAGGAGGGGAAAGGACUCAAUCGAGUCAUAACUAAUUAUUCGGGAUGCAAAUUGGUGGAAAAGGAUCCUUCGCAAGGGCGUGAAUGGGGCGUGAUUAUGUCGAUGCGCUACAUCAAUGAAACGCUGACACUUUGUCUUUGUUAUGAGUCUGGAGACGUCAUAGCCAUAGACAUAAACUUUGAUAUAAAGGAGGAAGCACCUGUUGUUGAAGUUGGCAAUGCCGCGCCAAAUACAACAACUAAACCUAGCGGUCUAUCUGGACUAUUCGCUAAGUCCAAACCAGAAAAGGUGAUCGAAAGAACGGUUAUCAAUAAGGAUCCGAAACUUACUUUAAGAUACCACAACACUCAACAUCGACCCGAACCAAUAACAGCGUCAACUUGGGAUAUACAACGCGGUCGGCUAUUGACAGGUAGUGCAACCGACACGAUGUUAGUGCAUGACAUCUAUCAUACUUGUGCUGACGUUGUUACUUUACAACAUCAAGGAGUACAAGCUAUUGUUUCUACCGAAGGCCAUGUUAUCUUGGCUCACUGGAAUGGACAAGUUUCAAUUCGCGAAGACGCACUUCCAUACCUGGAGGUUAAGACGUUUAGCCGACCAGUACCAGGUGACCGCGUAUACGAUCCCGAUACUGGUAAGCUCACGCCGCUGAUAAAGUUGUCAAGUAUAGCCGUCAUUGAUGUUCCAAGUAAGCGGCGACUUGAAGCUGGUCGAAUGACAGCUGUGAUGUGCGGCUACGAUGAUGGUGUGAUUACAGCCUUUGCUGUGAGUAACUAG